CAUAAAAUGGGGAAAUCGCUUCUGUAGUUACAACUCGAUGUGACCUCGCGGAUAUUGCUUUAUGUUACUCUGCCCCCAGGAGAUGUUUGCCUCUGAUUUAUAAUAAUGGCCUCGUGGGAAGAGCAGCAUCCGCGGAAUCUUGUUCUUUGCUUUAUAAAUCGAGAGACAAGACGCUUGCCCCUUAUUUCCCGGAACAGCAAUUUAGCCUGGCUUCGUGAAUACGACCACUGAGUGUGUAGCCGGAGGUACUGAUCACAAUGACUAGUGAUAUCGAGUACAAUGCCUCUUGUUGCCAGGACAACGGGUUCCCACUACCACGGCAAGCUCACAUGACCCUGAGGGUCAACAUCAGCGACAGUGACGACCAGGGGCCUGCGUUCCUGUACCCGGACUGCCCCAUGUUGGAUGGCUACUGUACCACCCCGCUCUAUGAAGCUGCACUCAAGAAAUCAUUCAAGGGAGUUUUGAAAAUAUGGCCAGGCCACAUCAAAGCUGUCGACAUGGAUUCUCUUAAUAAUUCUAUCACAUAUGUCAUCGUCUCAGUGGCUCCAGAAGAAUAUUCAUCGAACUUCGAAAUGGACCCAAUGUCUGGAGAGGUCAGGGUCAUCAAGGAGUUUGACAGAGACGACAUCGACGCCAUUCACGUGACUGUCAAGGCGGAGGAAAACUCAGCUGCACGGCGGUUCAUCACCUCCACGAUGCGAGUCCAAGUCAUCGGCGACCUGUACACCAGCUACAACGACCGCUUCCGCAACGUCCCCAUCAACGACGUCACCAGCCUGCCACAGAGCCAGGACGACAUUCAAAACACUGCUACCCUCCCGAUCUCUCUUUUCACCGCGACUGUCAUCGUCUUUUUUCUCGUCAUUGUGGUAUUUCCCUUCGUCGUUCUCAAGUUCUUGAAAGGGAAGUUACUCUCCGAACAGACAACAGUUCCGUCCCUUAGUCCCUUGACGAGAAGCGGGAAUUUGAUGAGAUGCUCAAAGAGAAAAGAAUCGGCAGACACCACCACGGCCUCCAUCAUGUCCUGCGGGUCCACAGACACCACCUGCACCACGGUCUUCGGAAACCAUCACCUGGACGACGACAGCAACUCCGACAUUACAUCAUCGUCGUCGUCGUCGUCUUCCCCGUCCUCAGUUCACCUCGACUUCGUGGAUUCCGUGGCAUUCGGGUCGUCCCUGGUGGACCAGACUCGCCGUGUCUCCUCUGUGGCCUUUGACCCGGAAGAGAUCGCCUUGCGCCUGGGGCCUGGAGCACCGAGCAGAACGGAGCAGAACGCAGCCGACAAGCUGAAGCGUCGGUUGAACGAGUUGUGCAGCUUUCAUUCCUGCAAAGACAACAAAAAGUCUCGAGUGAGGUUUGAUAUCAGAAACGUGUCGAGCUUUUCGUAAAGGGAAAGAAUCGUCACACAAUCCUCAAAGUACUCGAAAAGAAUUAUCUUCCCUUCGCGGUGUGCACGCCAUUGAAAUCUGGUGUAUAUAUACAUGACACUUUUAAAUCGCAGUGAAAUCAAAACAAAUGCAUUCAUGCAGGUACUUGUUCAAAUUGUAAUGCAGCUCUAAGUUGCUCGCUAUCAAUACAGACUUGUUAUAAGAAUAUAUGUGUGGAUAAACAAUCUUACCUUUGCCUCUUGAC